UAUACUUUAUUUUUAUUUUUUUAAGGUUAGUUUAAAAAUGCUCUGGGUAGAAGAAACUUUUUCAAAUGAGCUACCAAGUCCUCCUCCAGAUCUGAUUAAUGAGUUAAAUAGUUCUGAUGAUUCUAUGCCACUACCACCGCCUCCUGAAUCGUUAGAUGACCUGAUAGCUAAUACUUCUUCUUUAAUUGAUGAUAUAGAAUUUGAAUCAUAUGAAAGUGAAGAUGGACUUGAUGUUGUCAUUGUUGAUGAAGAUGAGCUUGAUUUUACAGAUGCUGAUGCAGCUAUUGAUAAAAUGCUUGAUGAGUUGAAUGACUUUCAAACGGCUUUAGGACCUGAUACUACACGAGAAAAAAUGGAUACUUUUUGUAUGCUAUCUCCCACUCGAAAGGCUCCACCAUCUCAUGAUAAUAUUAACACGGACUUACAACUGAACUUUGGUAAUAUAGAAGAAGCUCCUGAAGUUGAUUUGGAUGCUUUGCUGGAAGAUUUGUGUGCUAUGGAGCGUAAUAUUGAAACAAAUUCUUCUAAUAUUAAAAAAAACAAUAUGACCUGUAAUGAAGAGAAAAAGUUGGUUCAAUCAAACAGUUCCAACUCAUCGGUUAUUUAUGAUGUGAAAGUAAGAUUAGAAAGUCUUCAAACUGACAUGGUAGCACAAGAACUGUCAAUAGAAGAACAAGAAGCCAAGUUAAAAAGUGAAAAAAUUAGAAUAGCACUUGAGAAAAUGAAAGCUGCAAAUGUUCAAAAACUGUUCGUCAAAGUCUUCAAUGAGCCUUUAAAAACAUCAAAAACUUGGGCAAUAGACCAAACAUGGUCUGCUCGAGACCUUGUUCAAAAAAUGAUGAGUAAAGAUGAUGUUGAAGUUGGUCCAAAUUGGUGUAUUCUUGAAAAAUUACCUGGCCUGAGUAUGGAACGCAUUAUGGAAGAUCACGAGAAUGUCUUACAAACAGUUUUGGAUUGGACAAGAGAUACCCAAAAUUUGUUAGUGUUUCUUAAUCGAAGAGAUAAGUACCAACUUUUCAGAAAUCCACAGAACUUUCUGCUUUCCAACAGCCAUUCAGCUGAAGAUACUAAAUUGGCAGAAAAGAGCAAAGACCUUUUGCUUUCUGAGUUUUUUAAGAAAGAUAGUACUCGAAUCCCUGAAAUUGAAGGUUAUUUAUGGUUAAGGGAAGGAGUUAAAAAAUGGACAAAGUAUUACUUUGCUCUUCGUGCAUCAGGACUUUACUACUCACCAAAAGGAAAACAAAAGUUUAGAGAUUUGAUUUGUUUGGUUCAAUUUGAACAUAACAAUGUUUAUCUUGGCAUUUCUUUCAAGAAGCGCUUUAAAGCACCAACUGACAAUGUUUUUUGCAUCAAGCACCCAAAAGUUCAAACAAUAAAGUCAAAACACAUUUACUGUCUUUGUGCCGAAGAUAACAAACAGAUGUUUCAAUGGAUUGUUGGCAUUCGCAUGGCAAAGUAUGGUUACAAUAUAUAUGAAGAUUAUUUAAAAACCCAAGAAGCAGUUGAAAGUGUUUUAUUGCCGGGAAGUACACCCAGUGAAGUAGCCAUGGUCGAACUAUCAAAUACUUCUAAAACAGAUUUGCUUUCAAAAAAAAUUCAAAAUAAACAGCAAACUGUUCGAAUUUCGAAUAAUGUGUCUAACGAACAAGAGCGUUUAAAAGGAAAACGAGGCAAGUUGGCAGAAUUAUUUUCUGGUGCUUGGGUUAAAGGAAUUGCAGAGCUUCAGAACAAUGAACUUACUGCGCAAACUCCACUCUCUCCGAUAAGUUCUGAAGGAAUCAUGUCUCCUACGAACCAACCGAUUACUUUUGAGUUUCCUAAUCGCGCACUUUCAACUGCACACAAAACAAACCAGAUCAUUGACAAUAGAAUUGUUUCAUUUGAACCAGCUCCUGGACAUAAGACAAUUAAGAAAUUAGAUGAUCAAUACUUGCCUCUAGUCAAUAAUUUACCUGUGGAAAAAACUUCAGAAUCAUUGCACAGUAUAGCUGGAAAUAAACCACUUGUAUCAGCUCACGGGAACUCACAUUUAGCAAAAUCACCGUCAACCCUUGGAGUACCUCCUCCGCCACCCCCGCUUCCAUUUUUAGGUACAAAACAAAAGGUUCCUCCUCCGCCGCCGCCAUUGUCGAAUAAGCCUAAAUAAAAAUAAUUUUAACAAAAAAAAUUUAAAAUUAAUUGUUUAUAAAUAAGUCAAUUUGUAAUUUUAAAAUGAAAAAAAAAAAAUUUUUUUUUUGUUAUGAUUUGUAAAUUUUUAUGCAUCGUGAUUAUUUUUUAAAUAUAAAUUUUUUAUAGCAUUUA